CAAAAUGCUUAUACACUGAAGAUUUGUUAAGACAAAUGAUUAAAAAGUAUUCAUUUUUAGCAGACAUCUCAAGUGUUGGAAGAUUCAGGUUUUCACUUACAGAAGUGCAGUGAAUAUGUGAAAAUUAUUUGAUAAAUAACGUUAAAAUAACGUAUCAUUAAAACCAUGGCUCCACGUCCUCGCAGUGCCCAAACUUUGGACGACAGACGUUCACGAGGUACUCGAUCCUACCGCUGCCGAGUCUGUCGGGGAAUCCAUCCUCUACGGAAGUGCCACCGUUUCCUGAGGCUCCGCACUGAGAAGCGGCUCCGCGCCGUUAUCAUAAAUAAAUAUUGUGCAAAUUGCCUGGCCCACCAGCAUUCCGAAGGAGUAUGUCGCAGCGGAGACACGUGCAAAAAGUGUGGGCAGGACCACCACACGCUGCUCCAUUUGCGCGAAUCUUCCGGUUCGCGCUGCCGAUCAAUUUCUCCGCUCCGACCCUCGAUGACGUCACCACGACCUUCAGCUUCCGGUUUACGCUCGCCAAGUCCAACGCCAAGCUCGCGGAACCAUUCCCGGUGUUCAGACCAGUUCGACCAGCCAACUGCAGCUCCAUCUGUGGCGUCUCUGUUGCAGCAUCGGAGUGUGCAAAUCAUCCCGACGGCCAUCGUGGUUCUCGACACGGGAACCAAUAAGUACGAGGCGGGGGCCCUGAUCGACCCGUGCACACCAGUGAGCACCAUCGACCAGUCGCUGGCCGCGGCGUUCGGCCUUUCCACUACGAGCGUCGGAGACGAGACGGUCUGUUUGGCGACGAUAAGGUCACGGACGGGCACCUUCAGAAUCGACGUGGUGCUGAACGUUAGACCCAACUUCCGCACUCGCACUCCAAUCCGCGCCCUAGCCGACGAUGUUCGCGCUAAGUUCAACGAUAUCCGCCUCGCUGACGAACAAUUUCAUCGACCGGCGACUAUAUCCCUGGUGUUGGGCUCGGACGUGUAUCGUGACGUCAUCCAGCCCGGGUUCCUGAAUCUGGAUGAGGGGUUGCCUGUGGCACAAAGCACUGUGUUCGGCUGGAUUGUCUCCGGAUCAUGUCGACAGUCUUAAGGUGCCCGACGAGGUCUGAUUUGGUUGCUACGUUUGUCGUCGCAAGGGGGUGAGAAUGUCCGCGCCAAGGAGGCGUUACUGUGAACGAUUAGUGGUUAACAGACGAGAGCAGUUAUGUCCAGAUGGGCUCUCAUUUCGCUCUCGGACUGUUAACAGUCUCCACCCCCGCUCUCCUAACAUUAGAUUUAAGCUCAAGCUGUUAGUUCUAAGUUACCACUCCAAGA